AUGGCGGGAUCAAUGAUACAAAGCGUCUUUCUCUCCUUGCUCGCACUGAGCAGUAGCUUCUCAAGCUUCGCUCUAGCAGCACCCUCGCAGCCGACAGAGCGACAAGCAAGCUGGCCAUAUGGUCCGUUUGUGACCAAAGGCCGAGAUAUCAAGGACACGCGGGGACAGAAUGUCGUGUACGCUGGUGCAAACUGGCCGGGCGCUGGCGACACAAUGCUUCCGGAAGGGCUGCAAUACCAAUCGGUCAAAAGCAUUGUGUCGAAGCUCAAGAGUCUAGGCAUGAAUUCCAUUCGUCUCACGUAUGCAAUCGAGAUGAUCGACCAGAUCUAUGGCAAUGGCGGCAAAGACAUUACGAUCAACACGGCGUUCACCAAGGCGCUGGGUUCGACCAACGGAAGCGCAGUGCUGAAGAAGGUGCUUGCCAACAACCCUUCGUUCACAGCCAACACGACCCGUCUGCAGGUCUUUGACGCGAUUGCCGCCGAGUGUGCCGCGCAGCAGAUUUACGUUCACUUGGACAACCACAUGUCGAAGGGCGCAUGGUGUUGCAACACCGAGGACGGAAACUCGUGGUUUGGCGACACGUACUUCUCCGUGGCGAACUGGACCCGAGGUCUCGGCUAUAUGGCAGAGCACGGCAAGUCGUGGCCGAGUCUCGUGUCCAUGUCGCUCCGCAACGAGCUCCGAAACCCAGAGAACGAUGCGACCCUGUCGAAGAACUCGUACAACUGGCAAGACUGGUACAAGUAUAUCAAGCAGGGCACCGCAGCCAUCAACUCCAAGAACAAGGGCCUGCUCAUCUUCCUUUCGGGGCUGGACUUCGAUACCUACUUGACCCCCGUUGUCCAGGGCACGGUAUUGACCCCCGGCUCCGGGAGGUAUAACCCGGCCGACUUUGCCGGAUACACAGAUAAGCUCGUGCUUGAGCUCCACAACUACGCCAACGACGCGUCGGACUGCACCGGACUGCAGAACAGUCUGUACAACAAUGGGUUCCAGGCGCUGCACGCCGAGGACACGAAGGCGGUCAAUGUCUUCCCCGUGGUGUUGACCGAGUUUGGGUUCCAGCAGGACGCGAGCACCUGGAAGGGCGUGUACGCGACGUGCAUCGCCAGCUACCUGUCGGCGCAGAAGGCGGGCUGGAUGAUCUGGGUCGUCUCUGGCAGCUACUACAUCAGGUCGGGGACGCAGGACUACGAGGAGACUUGGGGUCUGCUGAGCCACGACUGGUCGACAUGGAGGAGCCCGCAGUAUGUCGAUGGCGGUCUGAAGCCAUUGAUUAAGAACACCGUCUCACCGUAG